CACAGAAACAAUACGCUGACAAGCACCGCAUCGAUGCAUCUAUGAUUGGGAUAGGACGCAAAGUCCUAUACACCCCUAUGCAGCCUCUUACGCACAAGCUAGCUUGGCUUGGCCCUGCGACGGUCCUCGCGCGUACAUCACCGGUCAUGCAUUAUAUUCUUAAUAAGGCUCGGAACAAGGAAUUCCAUGUGCAUAUCAAGAAUAUCAAAGCACAUCUUCCGCCGAUUGGUCGAACGGAACUCCGCUCUAUGGGUGCCAUCGCGGCUUCUUUCUUCGGCAGCUGGCUCUUCUUUAGCUCUCCACUGGCUGAUGAGCCUGAUUUCGCCCAUCUUGACGAACUCGUGGCGCUGUUCCGCACUAGUGUGCCUGCUACACGCUUCUUAUAUGGCUGUUCUACCGCCUUUAAGAAGUGGAACACUCUCCUGCGAGCCACUGGACGCAAGCGCGGCGAUGAUUUCUCUCCUAUGACGAAGCUCACUUCUCGAUACACGCCAAUCUUGUGA